AGUAUAUAAUAUUCUUCGAUAUUCUGCUUCAAAAGUCUUCCAUUAUUAUCUUCAAUCACACUCAUCACUAACUGCAUCCGAGAUAUUCUCAAUCGGGGCAAAGCAAUCGUCCUGAUUUGCAAGAGUCCAUUCUUUACCCCCACGUUCAACACUUACACUCAACCAUCACAACCACUUAACAACUUCAAAAUGGUCGCUCCUAUCCUCAAGGCUAUCCCCGUCGGUCCCAAAUUGGACGAUUUUUCAGCCUAUCUUUCAAGAAAUCAUUGCCUAGAAAACCUACAAUUCAUCCAAGACGUAUGGAGAUACCGAGAUUGCUACACGGAAAUAGUCGGAGCUAAUCAGACCCCAUGGGUAUCUGUAAGGUGCGAUUACGAUUGCCUGCGGGCACUACGGGAAGAUAUUCUGGAGAAUUAUAUCCUUCCCAACGGACAUCGCGAGGUCAACCUUCCAUCUGAAGUCAGGAAUCGACUUCUAGGAUUCUAUUCCUCCAACUUGCUUCCACAUCCUUCGGAAUUUGACGAUGCUGUUAAAAUUAUCCAUGAACUCAUCGAGGACUCGAUCCUACCCGGGUUCCUGAACUCUCAUAUAUCGUCGACGCAACCAGGCGAUGGAGUGCGUGGUGGCCUGAAGCAAAUUGGCUGCAGCCUUCGACGGAAGCUCUCAACGGCCUUCCGGAUUUGGACCUUCUGAAGAAAUUGCGAGUGAGGGGCAUUCGCUGUACACGCCACCGCCCGGAAGGAAGUGCCUCAGUAUUACCUUGAAGCCACUUGCUGUGGCGCGCGAUGGAACUGUUCGACCAUACCGUCUGCGGACUCAUGGGUAUGAGCCGCCGGUGUUCAGAAGAAUGGAGCUGCAGAUGUCGAUCUUGAUGUUAGGGACCAGUACGCUAUCGUGAAGGUUCUGGCAUAACCAGGUUUCGGUGGCGGCAGCGGGGUAUUUUUUGACGACCAAUAAAUCAAAACCUUGAGGAUUCAGAAACCUGUCCUGACGCCAUCCAGCGCUUCAGCCACUAAUUGAGGGAGGCACAAGAGAUAUAAGAGUCAACGCGAAGCCAAAUAACAGCCUCACAUUCGGCAUCGCCACAAGCGGCACAGAGGCGAGAUUUCACAUCUUGUGGAGCGGUUACGAGC